CUUUGUGAAACGUUUUCGGUCGUCAGACGCUGGUCAUCUUUUAGCUCAAACUCGUGAUUUUCAGCGACCCAUAUUGGUCCACAAUAAGAACGUGUAAUCCAUACUUUCUUAUAGCUACACUGAAGCCUAUCUGUUUGAGAAACAAGCAUAUUGAACGUUGUUACUUACUUCACAGUGUUAGUCAAUCGAGCCAAGGGAGAACGGCACUUGGCAAAAAAUAUGGCCGACAUCGACGAGUUGGAUAAGUUGGAGUAUUUGUCGUUGGUUUCUAAAGUGUGUACUGAAUUAGACAACCAUCUAGGGCUCAAUGACAAGGACUUGGCUGAGUUCAUCAUAAAUCUAGCCGAGAAAAACAAUGCAUUUGACACAUUCAAGUCUGCCUUAGUAGAGAAUGGAGCAGAGUUUCCAGACUCGUUCAUUUCAAAUCUGCUUCGACUGAUACAACGUAUGAAACCUGCAAAGAAAGAUAUCAAAGUUGAAGAAGAAAUAGUGGAUGACAGCCGGAAGAAGAGGAAGGCAGAAGCAUUCCCUGGGUUGUGUUUGCCAGAUAACAUUGAAGUGAAGCCUACUUCAGAUGAUAAAAAAAUUGCUGACGAUGCCAUAGAUGAACUAGAAGCACUUAUGCCAAAAUUAGAACCAGAAGUCACUCAUGUUAAAGACAAAAAAAAGAAACAUCGAAGUAGAAGCAAAAGUGUAGAAAAAGAAAAGCACAGAGACAAAAAGAGACAUAGACACAGAGAUCGUGACAGGGACCGAGAUAAAAGGAGAGACAGGUCACGGUCCAGAAGUCGAGAUAGAUACAGAGAUAGAGAUCGGCGUAGAACCCGCAGUAGAAGUAAGGACAGAGACAGUUAUAAAAACAGUAGGGACAAGGAAAGUGGUAGCGGAAAGAAAAAAUAUAAAGAUAACUUUGUUGACAGAGCCCCACCAGCUGAUCCUGAAAUAGGACAUGUGUAUGACGGCAAGAUUGCUAGUAUUAUGAAAUUUGGUUGUUUUGUCCAAUUGGAAGGACUGAGAAAACGUUGUGAUGGUCUCGUCCAUAUUUCACAGUUAAGACGUGAAGGCAGAGUGUCUGAUGUCAAUGAAGUGGUACACAAAGGUCAAAAAGUCAAGGUCAAGGUAUUAUCCAUAGUUGGCGCGAGAGUAAGCCUAUCAAUGAAAGAUGUUGACCAGGACACUGGAGAAGAUCUGAAUCCUACAAGUGCCCGUAACUUGCCGUCUUCACAUGAUAAUCCUGAGGAAACAAUUCGUAAUCCAGAUAGGCCGAGUAAUAUACCUUUAGUUAAUGUUAAAAUGGAAGAAGAUGACAGUUCAAAUGUGAAGAAAGUCCAACGAAUGACAUCCCCAGAAAGGUGGGAAAUUAAACAGAUGUUGGCAGCCAACUGCAUAGAUAAAACUGAAUUACCCGACUUUGAUGAGGAUACUGGUUUACUACCCAGGGAGGAAGAUAACUCAGAUGAGGAAGUGGAAAUUGAGAUGGUGGAGGAAGAACCACCUUUCCUCAAAGGUCAUGGACGUCAGAGUUUAGACUUGAGUCCUGUCAGGAUAGUCAAGAAUCCUGACGGUACAUUGUCCAAGGCAGCCAUGAUGGCUAGCGCAUUGUCGAAAGAAAGAAGAGAGCUGAAGCAAGCACAGGAGAGAUCUGAAGCUGAUUCUAUUCCAACUGGUAUGAACACAACAUGGAUUGAUCCUAUGCCAGAAACUGAUCGUGUCAUAGGAGCACAGACACGAGGCAUCGGGUUAGUACAGCCUGACAUGCCAAAAUGGAAACGCCAUGCUUUUGGUGGUAAUAAAGCUUCAUUUGGAAAGAGGACAAAACUAACUAUUGUUGAACAGAGAGAAAGUUUGCCAAUAUACAGACUGAAGGAGCAGCUUGCACAAGCUAUCCAAGACAACCAGAUUCUUAUCGUGAUUGGCGAGACUGGCAGUGGCAAGACGACCCAGAUAACUCAAUACAUUGCAGAAGCUGGUUACACGAUACGUGGCAAAAUAGGAUGCACACAACCAAGAAGAGUUGCCGCUAUGUCGGUGGCUAAGAGAGUAGCCGAGGAGUUCGGUUGUAGAUUGGGACAAGAGGUUGGAUACACAAUCCGUUUUGAAGAUUGUACGAGUCCAGAAACUAAAAUCAAAUAUAUGACAGAUGGUAUGUUACUCAGGGAGUGCCUUAUCGACCCUGAUUUGAACCAGUACUCUGUGAUCAUGUUAGAUGAGGCUCACGAACGCACGAUCCACACCGAUGUCUUGUUUGGUUUGAUGAAGAAAGCUAUAAGGAAGAGAACAGAGUUGAAAUUAAUUGUUACCUCGGCAACACUGGACGCAGUAAAGUUUUCCCAAUAUUUCUUUGAAUCACCCAUUUUCACGAUUCCUGGACGUACAUAUCCUGUUGAGAUUCUUUACACUAAGGAGCCAGAGACAGAUUACUUAGAUGCAUCGCUAAUAACUGUGAUGCAAAUUCAUCUCACAGAACCCCCAGGUGAUAUUCUGGUCUUCUUAACUGGUCAAGAAGAGAUAGACACCGCUUGCGAAAUCCUCUAUGAAAGGAUGGAAUCCCUCGGACCGGAUGUACCAGAGCUGAUCAUCUUACCUGUAUAUUCAGCAUUGCCCAGUGAGAUGCAAACAAGAAUAUUUGACCCAGCACCUCCAGGUAGUCGAAAGGUUGUGAUUGCUACCAAUAUUGCUGAGACAUCUCUGACUAUUGAUGGUAUAUACUAUGUGGUAGAUCCAGGGUUUGUCAAGCAGAAGGUGUACAAUUCAAAAACCGGUAUGGAUCAGCUGGUUGUUACACCAAUAUCACAGGCUCAAGCAAAACAGAGAUCCGGUCGUGCUGGUAGAACUGGUCCAGGAAAGUGCUAUAGGUUAUACACAGAAAGAGCUUACCGAGAUGAGAUGUUGACAACAGCUGUACCUGAAAUCCAACGUACCAACUUGGCUAGUACUAUACUCUCCCUUAAAGCUAUGGGUAUCAAUGAUUUGCUGUCAUUUGAUUUCAUGGACCCGCCCCCAACAGAGACGUUGAUCGCAGCGAUGGAGCAGUUACAUUCACUCAGUGCAUUAGAUGAUGAAGGCUUACUCACAAGGUUGGGCAGGAGGAUGGCAGAGUUUCCCCUGGAACCCAUGUUAUCAAAAACAUUGAUCAUGUCGGUUCAUCUUGGCUGCAGUGAUGAAAUACUGACUGUGGUGUCAAUGUUAUCUGUACAAAAUGUGUUCUACAGACCAAAGGAUAAGCAGUCACUGGCUGAUCAAAGGAAAGCCAAGUUUCACCAGUUAGAAGGAGAUCAUUUAACACUACUUGCAGUCUACAAUUCGUGGAAGAACAAUAAAUUCUCUAAUCCGUGGUGUUUUGAAAAUUUUGUACAAGCAAGGACUUUGCGGAGAGCCCAGGAUGUGAGGAAACAGUUGAUGGGCAUCAUGGACAGACACAAACUAGAUGUUUUCUCAUGUGGUAAGAACACUGCCAAAGUUCAGAAAGCAAUAUGUAGCGGGUUCUUCCGUAAUUCAGCUAAGAAAGACCCACAGGAAGGUUACCGUACAUUGGUAGAUGGACAAGUUGUGUAUAUUCAUCCAUCAAGUGCACUGUUCAAUAGACAACCUGAAUGGGUUGUCUAUCAUGAGCUUGUCUUAACCACCAAAGAAUACAUGCGUGAAGUUACACAGACAGACCCUAAAUGGAUGGUGGAAUUUGCACCAGCAUUCUUCAAAUUUGCUGAUCCAACAAGACUCAGCAAACAGAAGAAACAACAGAGGCUGGAACCACUUUACAAUAAAUAUGAAGAAGCAAACGCAUGGCGUAUAUCAAGACAGAGAUACAGGCGAAAUUAAUGUUAAUGCUAGUUCAUUCAUUUUGUGCUAACUUUGAGUAUAUUCAUGAAGUUGGCCAUGUGUGAACCAGACCUUGACUUGGUUUGUUUUAAAUAUGGAUAUUAGAAACAAUUGCCAUAUUUUGAUUUUGGCUAUCGCUCUGGAAACCACUACGUAAUGUAAAUAUAACAUGGUGUAUCAAAACUUACUUCGUCAAUGUAAGUUUAAAACUCAAGCCGUUUUAAUAUUGUCAGAUCUGAUGAAAAGUUUUUUUUAACAGCAAAGUAUUUCAUUUAUUUGUAUGUGUAUUUCUAUUCUAUGGCUUGCUUCUCCAUGGAAUAAAGAUGGCAUUGUCUUCUGUUUUAUAAAUAAAUAGCUGUAUGCUAAA